AUGACAAUCUCCUUCACUCCAAAAUCAACUUUCUGCAACAAGAUCCCUCCAUUUGAUAAACAAAACUUCUCUACCUGUAAAUCAAAGGCCAUGAAAGCUCUCGAGUUCGUGGACUUUGAUAUGCUCGAUGUCAUCUCUAAAUUUCCUAUCGUUGUUAUGCCUAAAUCAUCUAAUGAUGGUGCAUCUGGUAGUAAGCUGAAAGGGAAAUAUGUCCUUGGAUACACCAAGAAAGAGAAAAGGAUGUUGAAUCUCAAUGAAAACUCAUCGGACGAUGAAGGUAAUUGUCUCAUGGCUAAGUUUGUUGAAUCUCACGCUAACGUUUCACAUGACAACAUUGGGACCCUUGCGGCUGAUCUUUGUCAUGCUGAUAAGGACUUCAAGCCAGAAUGGGAUGAUACCUCAACGUAUCAAUACUCAAUUAGUACUUCUGAACCUGAAGAUCAAUCAAAAUCUUCUACCUCAGAUCACUAUUCAAUGCGUUAUGAUCCUCAUAACAAAGUAGUAUAUGAGCAUACCAUCGAUGACACUUCUUGA